AUGGGUAUCGAUGAUAUAGUAAUAUUUGGGAGACUAUUGAUACUUUUGAAUGAUGUGGGAGCGAAAAUGAAAGUGAAAGGAAAGUUGUUACUCCAACUAGCGAAUUGGCGAUAUCAUAUAUUGAGCAUUGGAAAGUUUGGUGACAUCAAGAUCACUUGUCAGCGAUAUGGCAGUUCAAAGCAGCGACGACUAAUGGAUAGACGUUCGAAUAUAAUUGUUGCUACUGCUACUGCUGGUCGAUGA